AUGCGUGAGUAUAAAGUGGUGGUCCUGGGCAGCGGCGGGGUCGGCAAGUCCGCCCUCACGGUCCAGUUCGUUACCGGGACGUUCAUUGAGAAGUACGACCCCACCAUAGAGGACUUCUAUCGAAAGGAGAUCGAGGUGGACUCUUCGCCAUCGGUCCUGGAGAUCCUGGACACCGCCGGUACCGAGCAGUUCGCCUCCAUGCGGGAUCUGUACAUCAAAAACGGACAGGGCUUCAUUCUGGUCUACAGCCUGGUCAACCAGCAGAGCUUUCAGGACAUCAAGCCCAUGCGAGACCAGAUUAUAAGAGUCAAAAGGUACGAGAAGGUCCCAGUCAUCCUGGUGGGUAACAAGGUGGACCUGGAGAGUGAGCGGGAAGUAUCGUCCAGCGAGGGCCAAGCGCUAGCCGAAGAGUGGGGUUGCCCCUUCAUGGAAACGUCGGCCAAAAGCAAAACCAUGGUGGACGAACUGUUCGCCGAGAUCGUGCGACAGAUGGACUAUGCCGCCCAACCUGACAAGGAUGACCCCUGCUGCUCAUCCUGCAAUAUACAAUAG